GAGAUGACCACGAAGCCCUUUAUUAUACCCGGUCCACUACGCUGCGUAUUGGGAUGAAAUUGAAGGAUACUCAUUUUAAUGAUAAUCACUGAUUAGAUUACUUUCUCAGAAGGUUUGCAAGCGCAGCAAACAUGUCGUCCCUCUUUCAAAAAGACUCUGAGAGGAACCAAGACGACAAGAGGAAUGGCGGCGAUGAGGUGGAGGAGGAUGACUACAUGUCUAUGACCAUUGUUGAGCCUCCUAAACCUCAUAGGCGCAAGGAAACAUACAGUGAAAUGCGGCGCCGGAAACAGAGAGAGGCUGAAGCCAAAUCUCGCGUCCCUUCAAAAGCGGAGAUUGCUGCAGCAGAAGCUGCUCGAAGGGAAGCCGCGCUGUCUACCAGCUCGCUUGACCCUUCGAAUAAAGGUUUCCAGAUGAUGGCGAAACUAGGGUUUAAACCUGGGACUGCACUUGGAAAGGACCGUUCCCCCGAAUACCCAUCCGGUAUUGAUGAGUGGAAUCGGCCGCUGACAGAGCCGCUGAAUGUGGUGGUUAAGGAGGACCGAGGAGGCAUAGGAAUGGAUAGUGAGAAAAAAAGAAAGAUAAGGGAGCAGGCCGAACUAGACACGAAAAGAGCCAAAGUUGAGGAAGGUGAUUUUAGAGAGCGGGUCAGGCGUGAACGAGAAGAAAAGAGGACCGAGGCCAUGUUCAGCGCCGCGCAAAAAGUCGCCGAAAGAUUAGAUGCUGAGGAAUCUGAACAAGAAGAGGAGAAGCAAGUGGAUGGGCAAGAUCAAAGAGAGGAUUCGCCCAAGGAGUUUGUGCAAAAAGAGGCCAAAUUGAAUUCUACUCCACUACAUCCAUCUGCUGCUUCAAGCAGUUCUAGGCGCCAAACAAAACCAACGUCGCAAAUCAACAUACUCUACCGCGGCUUAGUCCGCGCCCGCGAAGAGAACUUGCGUAACCAGCAAGCUCGCCGUGGACUUUACCAAUCGCUCUCUACUAGAAACCCAGCGCUCAUACCAAACCUGGAAAAUCUUCCAACAUAUAGCGAGUCCGAUUUGGAUGCAGAUGAUAGGCUUGCCCUGGGCCGAACAGCAGAAGGCGAAAUUGUUGAGGUUGAAUCAGACGAGGAUGAAGAUGAGGAGCUGAAUGAGUUCAACGCACUAAGUCCCCAGGAACGGCUAUCCAGAUUGGUGGUGUACCUGCGCGAGAAGUAUCGGUACUGCUUCUGGUGCAAGUAUCGCUACGAGACUGAUGAAAUGGAAGGCUGCCCUGGUUUAACAGAAGAUGAUCAUGAUUGAGUAAACAUUCCUGGCUAUAUCUUGUAUUCGAUACAUGAUACCACUAUAUGCGUUCUUCGUCAUGCUUCUUCGGUCGCGAAGUUGCAUUCAACAGAUGCUAGCGCAUCUACUGCCGUUCUAUGUUCGCAGCGUCUAAGAGGGAUGCGACCAAGAAGAGAACGCAUUGAUAUCUCUUUCCUUCCCACUGCCCUUGGACGGCUUAUAUUGUGCGCAUGCUCUUUACGGUCAUCCUCGAUUGAUCUCCUAUCAUUCUCUCUCCCCUAUACGAAGUGCAGAACUACCAGACUUUUUGAACCAGUUCUGUGACUUGUUACAUACGAGGUAAUAAUCAGACUGGGAGCGUUAUGCACUUAAUGGGACACCAAAAAGUCUCAAGACAAAACGGGAGACAUCCUUGCCACGAGCUUCGAGUUCUACAACCGUCAAGAAACGUUUGUUAUUAAAUGGAGGGGUUAGAUAAGCGACUGCAAAACCUGCAGUGAAAGUAACCGCUCGGAUACAGCCCAGACAUGACACGAUCACACCCUCACCGAUUCCUUUUAGUUUCAUCUGGCACACAUCGAUCUUUAGAGCGUUCAUGGCUCUUUUCACGCGCAACGCGAAUUUCUUGCCUCAUAACGAAUCUCGCCGAUCAGUCUAGCCAUAUUUCUUCCCCCGUCGAUCAUUCAAUCGUACCACAGCAUUUACUGUCUACUCCGUUAAGCUUUGGCUCACUUUGAUUGGUUGCUCGCCUCAAUUGGUCCUCGCUUAACAUGUUGGCUGGUACGGAACGCCUAGAUUGGCAGAUACUAUUACGCGAGGAAUGAUAGGAAUGCUCGGGCAGGAAGCGCUGGAAGAACUUUAGGAGCUGAGCAUCGCAAAGUAACGUGCUUGCGAAUGAAAGAAAUGGCCGAAGAGUCUCGAAAUCUAGAAACAAAACUAGCAUAGGAAUAUAUGGGAGAAAGAUCUAUAGGUUCUGUUUCUGCCUCCCUUUGUGCUUGCGCACACUGAUUGUAAACGGGACGGGUGCAACAGGUCACAGUAUCCAUCGACCUUCCACUGUCCCACUGGUUCGUUCCAAGACAGGACAGGAGGAGACGGCCCUGGAGGGGCGCGAAGAGCGGAGAUAUCUCUCCGCAUGAAGAAUAGGGCAGGGGCUAGAGGUUUCAAUGUUGCCCUUGUGUACAUGUACGUGUUUCUCGAUCUCGAAUUUGUCCAUGUAUGUCAUGUACAUGUACAUACAUUACAUGGACUUCAGAUAACUGGCGCUGUUCCUAGUCGCUUGAAAUCAGUUAGUGCCGAGGAACCCUCUACUGCAUUGGAAUGUUAUACGCAGAAAGGGUUUGGAGGGAGAAACCUACCACCAUUCGCACCGACGCUCCCAGCUUCGUUGCCAGAUGGCAUGAUUGAUCAUUAUCAUUUCCCCCCGCUUUGUCCUAGGGUUUUGAGUAUCAAGAGACAAAGGUCGUUGUCCCACGUCUGUUGCAAAUAGAGUCUGAAGAUUGAACACUAUAUGCAUUUAGUGUUGCAUGCACAGUCAAGAUACAAGACAUAAAUGAGGGGAUGGACAGGUUCCCCCUCUUAUGGGUAAUUGAAUUUCUAUAUCAUUGCACCCCAUACCUCCUCAGUACUCCAGUAUAGUCCACGCUUGUUGAGAAGACUGCAAGAACGGAGCUGCUAUGGACUGGAAACUUAUAUGCGAGCGGCGACUGCCUAUGUAGUUAAGGUCGGGAACGCAAGAAAGGCAUGUUAAUACUAAGCAAAAAAGUAUAAACGAAUGGAAGGGGGUAUAAGUGGGUACAUUUGUAAACAAGUGUCCAAGGGUACGUAAUGGGCAUGGGUCGGAUACGAAAGUGUGAAGGACCAGCGCAAAAGAAAAUCCCCCAGAAUAAAGAGAAAAUAAACGAAAUAAGGCAGUAGUAGUAUUAUAUAACUUUUGAGAACAGUGGCAAAUGGACGUGCGCAGGGUUCCAUGCUCACGCCAUGCGUCUCUUUUGACAAGAUCAACCGGAUCACCAAAACGCCAACAAACGCCCCCCUAAAAGAUAAUAAGAAUCCGAGCAAAUUCAAAUGGGGUUGGAGCAGUGACAGCAAAUAUGGCCGUUGCUGUCGCAUAUGCCAUCAUCAUUUGUGUUUUGGCCUGGGUUCAGCCAACAAAUUGUCCCUGCCCUGACCCCCGCUUCUGAAUUGCUUUCUACCUCCCUUUCUUUCCACCCCCUAACGAAUUAAUUGGGUAGUAAUCAGUCCUCAUAAGUGGGAAGACAAAUAGAAGGAAGAUACGUAAAUUGGGAUUAAAACAAGAAUCCAACAGAAAAAUAAAGAAGCAAAACGGGAGAAAACCCACAAGAAUAUGCGGAAUUGCUUCAGGCACUCUCUACACUCUCCAGCGCCGCCACGAGGCGUUCCAUAAGUUCUUUCAGCGAACGCCUCUUGCACUUCUGCAUCGUCUGCAUGCAAUCUCCACAGAUCCGCAGACAGCAGAAAGUACAUCGCCAGCGGAUCAACUGGUCGUCAUUUAGACAUGUCAUGCAUGGAACGGGGUAUAUGAUAUUAUUUGAUGGCGAUAAAUAGCGGUGGGAUUGGUAGCAGGAGAAGUGUAUUUUCGUAAGGGGCGGAAUGAGGUUUUUCUUCAACCGAGGCUGCUUCCGAGGGGCUUCUUUGUCGUCUUUGGGGGUUGAAUCCGGCGUGAUUAUUUUUACGGUAGGUGUGUCGCAUUGGCUUUCGCUUUUGACUGUGGGUUCUGUAACCUGGGUGCUGGUGCUGCUAUUGCUACUGCUAUUGAUGCUGGUGGCGCUGGCACUGCUGCUGGCAUCACUUGCAACUCGCACCGGGGGAGAGGGUUUAUUGAAGCCGUUCAUCUCGUUUGGCCUGUUUUUGGUCCCCUCUUGCGGAUAGGGAGGUAGUGGCUUCGGAGAACCUGACGGAGAUGGUGUAAUGCUCCUAGAAGAUAAGUCUGUAGGAAUCGAUGGUGGGAUGAAGCUUCUUGAUUUCCUGAUAAUCAUAGACUGGACGUGAGGAUGAGGGUUGUGUUGAGGUCUAGGAGGAGCGUAAGGGUUCUCCAACCGUGUGCGCGGCCUAUCGGGGCGUCCAACAGGCAGGGAAUCGGCGAAUCUGAUAUUGGUCGUCUGUAAUGAUCCGGUUCGAGACGGGUAUUGUCCUUCUGAAGCAGAUCGCUGGGAUGAAACAAUCGAGAGUUCUGAAGUGUCCAUUCCAGGUGUUAACGAGCGCCUGUAUCUGCGCGAAAGCAGUGCUUCGUUUGAGGAAAGCUUUAGAUCAUGGCGGGCAAGCCGAUCGUUAAUGCGCUGCAUAACUAGGUUGCGAUUUCUUUCUCUUUCUCUUUCUGCUUUUGCUUACCAGGGCUGGAAUUGAUCUUGUUCCUUCGAUGCAAGUUGCAGGAAGGUACGAUCAAAGAAUUUUGUUAUCUCGAUCGGAGAAGGAAUUGCACAUCGCUCGUGGUGUCGCGGUGCCUAUAACACUCCGCAUUGAGAGUCCCUAUCAGGAACACAAUGUGUCUCAAAACAGACCGUUGUGGUGAAUGCAACGGUGAAUCUGUACUCCGUACAACAAAUUGAAUAUCAAUCAUUCACGUAUUUCCUGUGUACACAAACUCCACAGGGCCAGGCCAAGUCUGAAUCUUGUUAUCCUUUUCGGUACUUAUGAACAGCCAGGAACAGAUAGGAUCGAAAGAUAUUUGGGCUUGUACCUGGGCCUGAUCGAUCUGACACUAAUCCUUGCAACCUGCAAGGAUUUGCGGCUGACGGGGAAGAAUGACAACAUUAAACUGAUGUUCAAAAUUAGAGGCCGUAAUGUCGGAUUGACCAACCUUACUGUGGCUCAGUAGUGCUAGCAAUGUGGCCGGAUGCGAUAGUACGUGAUAGGAAUGGACAACCACCAAUCUGGAUGACAAGAGGCAGAAAAUGGCUUGUUCGACUUGGGCAUUUUGCCACCUUGGAAUUGGGCAUGACGAGACUGAGAAUGUAGCGAGGCAUGCGUGUUAGGGCUCUGGAAAAUGGGAGGAGAAAAGUAGUCGGCCCAUUAGCUCCGACGCCACUGGGAGGGGAGCAUCGGCGCUAAAAAUGACUUGACGCCUCUCGGUGGAGUGAAA